UGUAGGCUUCCGCUGUCAGUCAGGUGGUUUCGUACGUUGACAUUGUCACGCCUAUUCGCUAGGAAGUUCCGAGGACGUUAGCUAGAUUAGCUAACUCUGCGUUUCAGUUUAGGUCACUAGCUGUACUAGAUCAUUUAGUUACAAACGAAUAAACGACAUAUAAAUACCUAUUAUUAACGAUGGACAAGCUUCGUAGUAUGAUAGGGGGGCGCGAAGACGGCGAAGAAUCGGGGCUCACGGCGCAGGUCUUGGAUGCCUCGACCCUCAGCUACAGCACAAGGGUCAAGUGGUUCGUCAUCUGUUUUGCUGCCGGCAUUCUGUGCUCCAUAAUGGCUACGGCAUUGCUGUUCUUACCCAACGGCACAAAGCUCUUCGCCGUGUUCUAUACACUAGGGAAUCUUGCUGCACUCUCAAGCACGUGUUUCCUGAUGGGACCCCUGAAGCAGCUGAAGAGGAUGUUUGAGCCCACCAGGCUUAUAGCCACGCUAGUCAUGCUGCUCUGUUUUAUUUUGACGCUUUGUUCCGUUUUCUGGUGGAAUAAGAAGCCACUGGCCAUCAUCUUCUGCAUUCUACAGUUCUUGGCGAUGACUUGGUACAGCAUCUCAUACAUUCCAUUUGCCAGGGAUGCUGUUAUGAAAGUCUUCACCAGUUGUCUGAGUUAGAGGGCAGACUGUUGUCUCCCAGACUUUGGCUUUAAACACUGUUUGAAAUCUUAUUUUGCUUAUCUGGCGUUCAACUGCAAACCCUACCAGAACCAACCACCACACCUGGCUAGAGGAAACAUUCUGGAUAUGCCAGAGGCUUCAGGUGGUCUUUGAGCCUGGGGUGGACUUCCUCAGGACAUCCACGGUUUAAUCUGACUUCCGAGUGUGCAAAGACCGUGGGGAUGUGUGUAAAAUAUUUUUUACUUUUUUAUUUUAUAAAAUAUUGCUUUAUCACUGUUUCAUACUGUGAAUUAAUAUUCCAAUAGUUGUAUAAUCAUGAUAUAAAGUCACCCUAAACUGAAAAGUUGAUUGAUGUCUUGCUUUUCAUGGUUAAGAUCGGUUCCAUUCCUAUUCAGUUAACUCAUAAAUAGGCUAAAUUUACAAUGGGUUUUUUCACCCAGAGAAACAUUUAGGACAUUUUGGAUUGGAAUAUCACUAUAUUUCUAGAAUUAAAUGAGUUGAAAUGGAGUUGAUUUUGAUGUAAUGCUUAGGUCAGCAAAAUCUGUUAAUAACCCUCAGGAUGUCUGUGGUCUUAAGUGUGUUUGUGCUUCCAGAGAGAGGGGUAAAUGCUUGAAAUUAAAAUAUUUAAGAAUAUUCCUAAUACAUAUUAUCCUAACAGUACAUAUGUAUAUCUUGUUAAUUAAUAGCCAGGGAAUGCCUACAUCAAUGUAAAAUAUGAUGCCUGUAAAAUUGAAUAUAUUGAAUGAAUAUAUACAGUAAAUGCAUACAGUACCAGUCAAAUUUUCAGACACAUACCCGUUCACUAUAUAUUUAUAUAUGUAUAUCACCUAAUUGCUUGGGCUUUUUCUACUGAUUAUUUUUGCCUAAUGAAAGAAGAUUUGCUGAUUUUGAGAAAGUUGUCUAUCUUUAGAAUGGAAUUUGUCAAUGAAUGAAUGAUCAAUUUGCAACUGCACUCCAGUAAAGUCAUUCAGUUUGCCUCUAAA